AUAGUCUCUCUACACUCUUGCAUGUGUGUGUGUGAGUGAGUGUAUGGAGCUGAAACUUUCCUAGAGACACACUCUUCCCUCCUUCUUUCUCCCCUUUCGCCUUUCCCCUCCUCCUGCACACCUUUGUGUUGUUUUCCUUGCCCCCCUCUUCUUCCUCUCCCCUCCCUCUUCAGACUCACUAGUUCUCCCUCUGCUCUGUCCUGUGUGCUCAGACUGUGGUGAGUGUGCGAACCGAAGGCGUGCAUGGCGAGAUGCUGCUGAUGCUACAGCUGUUUGGGUUCCAUGUCUCCUUCAGGGCCCGCUGGGGAAGACAAGACUGCACGUGAGCUGGGGGAACUUUGACUCAACGCUGUGAGAAACCUGCAACUACCGCUUUCGAGACUUUUCUCCUCCAAAGAAGUGGCAUUUAUAAGACUCUGGAAUUAACUGAGCUUUUGAAGAAUUAGAGAAAGAAAGAAAAAAUGAGGACCAAGCUGUGGCAACUCUUUGCAUUAACCUUUCUCUUGGGAAUGUUGCUCUGUGUGGUGGACAGUAAAGGAACUUUCUAUGGAGGGCCCGUCCACCCUUUCUAUGGAAACAGAUACAACCUGUACAAGGCUGGACUCAACCCUCACCAUCUACCAAACAAGCCCAUGACCCGUCACAAAAACCACUGUGCCUAUGUAGUGCAGAAGAACAUCACAUGCACCAUGCAGGACGGAGUGUCUACUUUUGUGAAGGCUGAGUACACCACUAAGUGCAUCUGGGGUCAGAAGUGUCCUGUUGUUAUGUACAGGACGUUCUAUAAACCAAAGUACAAGGUAGGGUAUAAAACAGUGACUGAGCUGGAGUGGAGGUGUUGCCCAGGCUACUCUGGAGAAAACUGUUAUGAUGGACCCACGUCUCUGCCUGAUGUCAUGAUGCCACCUUUCAAGGGCCAGGGUUUGCCCCACCGCCCAGGAAUAAAGGGCUUCCCCCAUGGGCCCAAACCCCCUGUGGACCACAAACCUGGGGGAGGCCAGCUGGAGCCUGGCAGACCAUUCCCCAGCGUUCCUGACCAAAGACCAAUACCCACAGGACAACUGCCUGCUGGGAAUGGAAGACCGAACUUUGGAGUGACUGGAGAACGUUUGGACCGCAUGGAGGACGAUCUGCGUCGCCUUACCCAGGGGCUAGACACUCUCAAUGGGGUGGUUGUUGGCCUCGAGGAGCGACUACGCACAUCUCUCCGAGAAGACACCAACAAAAUCCUGGUGUCCUUGAUACCCAAUGGUCCUCGAGUGCCUGACUCUACAUUAGAUGGGGUGAUUCCAGCGGACACUCCUGAUGUACUGGAAGGAGGGGAAGGGUUUUUCAGUUUAGGAGACUUAGUAGGAAGAGUUACAGAAGUGAAGGACGAGCUGCGAGCCAAAACUCACAUCUUAGAGGAGAUUCAGGGGAUGGUGCUGGGACAUGAUGGUCAGCUGAAAAAGCUGUUGGACGGAGCAAGAGGCAGACCUAUCCCUGGACCCAGCUCCACCUUUCACACAAGUGAAAUCGUUGAUGCUAAGAUUGCUGGCGUACAGGCUGAAAUCCUGGAUGGCUUUGAGCGUCGCUUGACUGGACUGAAGAACCAUUGUGACUCUAAGAUCGGGGAGGUGCAAAGGCAAUGCCACAGGGAGCACAUGGAUGGCCAGGAGCAUAUGCAACAGUCUUUGGAUGGAAAAGAGACAGGGCUGAGGGAGGAGUUGGGCUCUUUACAGGCCAAGAUCCAGGGCCUAACUCUCACUGAGAGCUGUUGUGGAGAGGUGAAGAGUCUUUCCCUUCGAGUUCUGCUGCUGGAGGAGUCAGUGAAAGGUCUGACAGAAUCUCAGAGACAGCUCCAGGCAGCCCUCACCGACCAGAGCAUACAUGUGGAGACUCGCCUGGUGGACAUAGAGAGCCACUUUAAUGUCACAGAGGGGGGAGCUGAUGGAGUGGCUGGGCUCCCUGGUGGUCUGGAUGGCUUCAAGACCAUGCUGGAGGACAAGCUGAAGACCCUGGAGGAGAGAGUGUUUGUGGCAGUGGAGGAGCUGAGUAAUGCCACUGCUCCAGCUCUCUUGGAGGGUCAGGUGGUCCCCGCGCUGGAGACGGAGAUCGAGUCUGUGAGGAGGAGAGUGGAGGGAGACCUUGGUGGCAUUCAGAAAAAGUUAAUAGAUCUGGAGCUCCUCUGCACCUCUUCCUGCUCACCCUCCACCCCGUCAGCAGGGGGCAUCAGUGUCCCUGAAGAUGAGGAGGACUGUGAGGGAAUGGAGAAGAAGAUGACUGUCAGAUUGGACACUCAUUCGAAACAGCUGGCCGGCUUAAACAAAACCUUAAACAACCUGCUGUUCCAUAUCGCUCGAGAGGAAGCAGAGGGCUCCGUCCAGGGGGAGAUCACCCUGCUAAAGGUCAACAUCAACUCUGUGAACCGGACCCUGAAGGGCCUCAAGGACUCCAUUAGCUUCAUUGCGAGUGAAGUGGGCCAGGCUAACUCUACCUGGGAGCAGAGAGAGCACCAGCUUCUCAACCAGGUGCACGGAAUCACCAAACUGGUUGGACACCAAACUUCCCUCCUGGGUGCUGGGGAGAGGCGGCUGGCCCAGCUAAAGGUUGAGCUGGUGGGUUUAAGGAGAAGACUAUCUGGAGAGCUGCAGGGCUGCAAGAGCACAGCAAUAGAAGUCCAGAAGGAGGUGAAGGACGUUGACAGCAGAGUGAGCCAGGUGGAGGGCCAGUGUAGUAGCCUGGGGGAGCUGGCGGAGCACCUGGAGAGGAUCAGGGCGGAGCUUGAAAGACACUCAGAUUCCUACCUUGCUGAGGUGAAUGGCACCCUUGCUGCCCAUACAGAACAGCUAGCCGAGCUGAAAGGGGAGGUCAAAGACUGCGCAGGCACGGGUGCAGCCAACCAAAAAUGAGACCAGUAGCAUCUGAGCUACAGAUUUUUUUGAAAUAAAGAGACUAACAAGUGCUUCUCAUUAGGCUCAUGUGACGUCCCCUGCUUCUCUCCUCUCUCUUACAAAUCCCAUCUGCACAGAUGCAAAUUAACUGAACCGGUGAAAUUCAUUUCCCAUAAGCUCCCUACCCCAGUGCCUCCAGAUGUCCCGGGUAUUUAGUUCAUUGAGGAGAGAAAAAAAAAACAGAAUACAAAGACACACCUAUGGUUGUAUAGCUGGGUAAUAUUUUCCCCUUAAGAAUUUAUCCUGUAGGGCAUUUUUUUUUUUCUCUGAUCAUGAUUGUUAUGUUCUGACAUUUUACCCUGUUUUAACUUAUAUGAAGUGACUGCAUUGCUACUAUGUUAGAUUGUUUGUAUUAGAGCAAUGAUAACAAAACAAAGUGGAUGAUAUGGGACUAUUGCGCUGCUACGGGUUUCUGCUGACAAGCACACUUGACAUCCCUUUGUGUGGACACUUGUCUGAUUUUUUUGAGAGAAGAAAAAAUACUGUAUGUCAUCUCGGUGCUAUUUACAUUUUUGUAAACUUCAGUGUUAAACAUGUUUAAAUAUGGUAUGUAUUUCUGCUUUGACAGCUGUGUUUAUUUCCUGCUGCUUUGCUCCAGGUUGCAGAGUAAUUCCCAAAGUCUCCAUCAGGGGACAGUGACAGCACAUUAUAUGGAAUGGUGGAUAACUAGAAAUCAGAACCAAAACACUCCAAGGUGGAGGUGUCUUUUAGGCACUCAUUUGGAAAUGUAGGCCAUCUUUCAAAAUGCCGGUCGGGAGUUUAUUCUGAAAAGGAAACUCCAUAAAAUUUGAUUACAUAUAACUUAUCUCUGCUGGGGGAAUUUUUUUACCCCAGUUUAGAUGUUGGGUUAUUACGGAGUUUAUUACAAUGUUAUUAAGGUCAUCGUUUAAUGUUGGAUGCCAUGUGCUUUGCAUUUCUUUCUUUUUUAAAUCAAUGGACGAUGAAAACUCUCUGGCCUUAAUCCAGUUAUAGUGUGACAAAAAAUACACACAAUGAAUGUGAGAACAAAAGGACACUGUUCUGUUUGAGGUUAAAACAAUCAAAUAAUUUAUCACAUUUUACAACCAUGCCAAAUUGACUAUAAAUAUAUGUAUAAAAAUAUGAAUAACCAAAACAAAGAGACAAACCUAUGACCACCCUUGUCACAAAGGACUGCUGUAAGAGCAGAAACAAGGCUGUGUAGGUCCGUGUAGCCUAUAUACACAUGUGCAUCAACCAUUGCUAUCCUGUUUACUGUUUGCCUUUUUCAUGUAGUCAUUCUUUCUGUGUCAUACAUUGAGUGCACCAAAUGUGUUAUUUGUGACCCUUCUGUAUAUAAAUCAUUUUGAGACACCA